AUGGCUACUGGCGCACUGACCACACGGUGUUUGUUAACGAUAUCGAUCAGAGGAUUCAGUUCGAAAGCAGAUAAAAAUGUCGCAUUCCUCGGCCUCGGAAAUAUGGGAGGUUUUAUGGCCGCCAAUCUUGUAAAAAAGGGCUUCAACGUUCGCGGGUACGAUCCUUCGAAAGAUGCCUUAACGGCAGCCGCGAAAAAUGGUGUUACUGGUGCAAGCUCUAUCGCAGCUGCUGUGGACGGAGUUGACGUCGUGGUCUCCAUAUUGCCAAGCAACAAAAUAGUGCUGGACACUUACCUUGGAAAAGAUGGCGUCGUGAACCACGCUACAAAAGGAGCUCUCCUUAUCGAUUCAAGUACAGUAGAUCCCAAUGUACCCAAAGAAAUAUUCCCCGUAGCGACAGAGAAAGGCGUCAACUUCAUUGAUGCACCAGUGUCUGGAGGUGUCAUGGGCGCUCAAAACGCAACUCUAGCUUUCAUGGCCGGAGGUCGAAAAGAGGACUUCGAUAGAUCGCUGCCUUUGCUAAAAGCGAUGGGCGCGAAACAAUUCCACUGUGGUCAGAUCGGAUCCGGUCAGGUCGCGAAGCUCACCAACAACAUGCUGAUGGGCAUCACUGGAAUGGCAACUGCCGAGUGCAUGAACAUGGGUAUUAAAAUGGGUCUAGACCCGAAAGUGCUGUUGGAUGUACUAAACAAUUCUUCGGCUAGAUCCUGGUCCACUGAAGUGUACUGCCCGGUUCCUGGUUUAGUCCCGACUGCACCUUCAAGUAGAAACUACGAUGGAGGUUUCAAGAAUGAACUUAUGGUUAAGGAUUUGGAGUUAGCAAGUGGCAUGGCGUUGGGAAUUAGGUCACCAAUUCCAUUGGGCGCAGUUACCACUCAGCUGUACCGCAUAGUUCAAUCUCGUGGUUACGGACAGAAAGACUUCUCCUUCAUAUUCCAGCUACUAAAAGAAGAGUCUGAAAAGAAGUGA